ACUUAUCUCGCAGAAUUCGGCAUCGCGAAUCGGAGGCUAGGUUCUGUCCCAUGUGACGUGGCAGUCAGCUGGCUGGCGGGAGACUCUCACCUGUGUUCCGUGUGUUGUAAACUGUGACAGAAGCAGAGAAGAUGUCAGGGAAGCAUGUGUUGGUGACUGGAGGUGCGGGGUACAUCGGCAGCCACACGGUGGUGGAGAUGGUCACAGCAGGAUUCUCACCAGUCGUCCUGGACAACCUGUCUAAUGCCUGCCCAGAGAGUUUGAAAAGGGUUGAAGCUAUAACAGGCACAACCAUUCCAUUCUACAGUGCAGACCUCCUGGACAAGCCAGCUUUACAGGCCAUCUUUGAUAAGCAUGACAUUGAGGCUGUAGUGCACUUUGCAGGACUGAAGGCUGUGGGAGAAUCUGUUGCUAAACCACUCAGCUACUACAAGGUCAAUGUCGGGGGAACCACUAACCUGCUGGAGGUGAUGAUUGAGAAGGGGGUCUACAACUUUGUGUUCUCCAGCUCAGCAACAGUGUACGGAGAACCACAGUUCCUGCCAAUCACAGAGAGUCACCCUGCAGGGGCCUGCAUCAACCCCUACGGAAGGACCAAGUAUGUUAUCGAGGAGAUUCUGAAGGACUUGUCCAUCGCUGAAAAGAACCUGAGGGUUGUCCUGCUGAGGUACUUUAACCCCAUCGGAGCCCACAAGUCUGGCACUAUUGGGGAGGAUCCUAGUGGCAUUCCUAACAACCUGCUGCCAUAUGUAUCACAGGUGGCAGUGGGGCGUCGACCAGAGCUGAGUGUUUAUGGUUCCGACUACGACACAGUGGAUGGCACAGGUGUGCGAGACUAUGUCCAUGUGGUGGACCUGGCACUGGGUCACAUUGCUGCACUGAAAAAACUUAAGGACAUCUCUGGAUGCAAGGUCUACAAUCUGGGCACUGGCACGGGAUAUUCAGUGUUGCAGGUGGUGGAAGCAUUUGAGAAAGCAAGUGGGAAAAAAGUUCCCUACAAGAUUGUUGACCGUCGUGCAGGAGACUCUGCCUCGGUGUAUGCUGACCCCUCGCUGGCAGAGAAGGAGCUGGGCUGGAAGGCAGAACGUGGUCUCACAGAAAUGUGUGAAGACUGCUGGAGGUGGCAGUCCCAGAAUCCUCAGGGCUUCAAGAAGGACUAGGUGACAAGUGAACAUCUUCCACAUUCCACAUUCCUUUUAGUAUUCACAUGCAACUGAUUCCUAGUGCUUAUAAUAAAUUAAAUGGAGUAUUUAAUGAAUAUAUAAUGGAUUUAUGGGAACCUUUUUUCUAAAUACUGUCAUCACUAGUGCAACUAUAAACAUUCAAAAACCCUUGUUGCCUCUUCAGGUUACCAGCUUAACUGUUUUUAUCAACUUGUCCAGUGUGGCCUUGCAGUUUUACCAUUUUUUGUCUUUUUCAACAAACAUUUGAGUACUCUCCUUCUGCAGUCUAACUCAGGAAAUUAAUGACUUUAGUGAUUUACCUCAUGCUUUGAUAAUAGACACUUUGAGUCUUCUAAUUAUAUAUAAUUAUUUUCACACUAGUUCAAAUGACAUUCCAAGCUUAACUUUAUAGGGCAAAGCAGAUUUAUAUUGUGUCAAAAGGCCAGAAAUAAGAUAAGAUGGGACAUUGCAAACACAAUGUUUCUAAUGGGAUAGCUAAUGCUAGGACUAUAAUGUUGUUUUAAUGAGUUUCUUUGUGAACUUAUA